GCGGCUGAGAAUCGGAAAAUCGGGAGUUCCACACUCUUGCGCUAAGAAGCCUGUUUCCUCUUUCAUCACCUACCCAGGCCUCUCUCUCUAGGGCUUUGAGAGAGGACAUCAUGCUGCCCAAGAUCCUCUGCCUGCAUGGCAGCGGCACGAGCGCCGCCAUCUUUAAUAUCCAGGCAAUCAGACUUAGUCGCAUCCUCAGAAAUCACUUCGAGCUGGUAUUUAUCGACGGCUUCAUUGACACUGGCCCUGGCCCUGGCGUUCUCCCCUUCUUUGAGGGAAUGGAGCCAUACAAACGGUGGCUCACGGACACAGUCGGCCAGGAGGAACGGCCGUGGUCGGACCUAGAGCGGCUCGUCGAGAUCUUCAACCGCAAGGGCCCUUUCGUCGGUGUUAUUGGAUUUUCUCAGGGCGCGAAAGCCGCGACGCAUCUCAUUCGCUGGCUCGAGGAGCGGGGGCAGCAGCUGGAGUUUGCAGCAUUGUUCGGGGGCACCGUACCUUUCCGGUUGAAAGUCGAUACGGAAGAGUGGCCCGAGCUUAUCAAGCCUACUAUCAUCACGCGAAGCAUACAUGUCAUUGGCGACGACGACCCAUGGCGGACUGAGAGUGAAGCUCUCAUGGAUCACUAUGACAAGCCAUCGCGGACGCUCAUCCGGUUCAAGGGUGGCCAUCAUAUGCCAGUGGAUGCAGACAUCAACGAAAAAUUGGCGGAACUUAUCAUCAAAUGCCACAAAGAGAGUGAUGACUACCCCUGAUACAAUGUAUUUUCUGAUUUUUCUCUCCCUGUGGCUCGGAGUCCAUCAUCAUGGAUUGGCGUAUCAUAUAGGGACUAUACCUGGCGUCUGGAUGUUAUACGAGAAAAUACUUUAGAUGUAGAAACUAGCCCAUCUACCCCAGUCCAACUUGUUUAUAUGUCCCAACAUUUGUACUCCAAGAACGUACACAUGUGCAUUACCACUAAAACCAGGGGAAGAUGCGUACAAAUCGUCGUGCAUAACCUGGAGGAAGCAAGGGUAAGAAUUUAGUAUUGAAAUGAUGACUAUGUGUCCGAUGGCAUUCUUAC